AUCCAAAAAACAUUCAUUUAUAACUAAUUAUCGCUCUUAAAAAUGUCCAUAAAAACACCGACGAAAUAUGGGUUUAAUACUGACUUUAGUUCUACAACUGAUGCGGAUGAACUUUUCAUAAAGCACAGUAUUCCCGAACUUCGGUCCCUUGAGAAAAGAACAAGAUCAGAUAUCGAGGAAAAGAAGCAAGAAUUACGACUUAUGGUCGGUGAAAGAUAUCGUGAUCUAAUAGAUGCUGCUGAUAGCAUAGUUAAUAUGCGUAAAUGUGCUUUGUCAAUUCAAGAAGAAUUGCAUCAUAUGCAAGAUUCUUGUGAUGUUCAUGCUUUGAAAAGAUCCGUACGAACUCAAGUCAAUGAAGACAACAAGGGCACAAAAGAUGAAAAAAAACAUCACCUAUAUUCUUCGGCUGCACAAAUCAAAUUACUAGUAGACGUACCUGAGCAGAUUUGGAGAUCAUUGGAAAGUCACAAGUAUUUGAAUGCAAGUCGUUUAUAUCUUAUUGCCAAGUUAGUGUAUAAGAAUCUUCAAGCUCAUGACGACACUCCAUUCAACGUUUCAGUAACUUUUCCUGUUGUUCAAAGACAAUGGGAUGCUGUGAGUCAUUUUAAGUCACAGAUUCUUCAAAAAGCUAGACAUUAUUUAAAAAUAACAGAACAAUCUGAGCAGAGUCUAGCAGAAACUUUAUGUGCGAUUAUGUUGUUGGAUGAUGUGACUAAAAAAGAUGUAUUUCAAUUGUGUCUAGAUGGGAGAACUUCAGUGUUGUCGCAACUUCUAGAGAAAUCAAUCACCAAAGAUGUGAAAUCUUUAACAGAACAAUUUAAGGAAAUGAUUCAUAUAAUUAGAAGCAGUGUUUUUCAUAUAGGAUUAGUUUUUAUUCGAACAGGAGAUGAUCUGUCAUUAUUUGAAUCUUACCUUCACCAGCUUCAACAAGGAUUUUCUGUUAAUGAGGAUAAUUUACAUACGCCGUCCUCAGUAAUGUCACCAUGUGACUCGAAGGUUUCACUUACACGGUUAUAUUCUUCUUCAGCUAACAUUCAUCUCCUGAUGCGUUAUUUGCCAGAAUCAAUUCAGACCUUUACACCAUUUUUUCAUAUGUCAGGGCCCCGUGGAAAUUUUACACAAGAUGACAUUCAUGAACGUAUGAAUGGAUGGUUCGAUUAUAUAGUACAAUUAUUUCGAGAGAAACUUGGAAUGCUCCUAUCAAAAGUUACAUGUGCUCGAGAUUUAAAUGAAUUAAGAAAAAAUAUAUGGAAUAUUUUAAAGGAUGAUGAAAGUUCAAAGGAGGAAGAAAAAUCGACGACCAUUAAACACCCAAGCAAGGUUCAUAGAACUAGUUUAGGAUUUAUAUUAAACAUUCAACGAACUGCUUGGUCUUGGUCUUUUGCUUGUAAUCUUGUUUUCAAUAAUUAUUUUUCCAUUUGGAAUGAUUUGCUAAGACAAGGUUUUAAUAAAAGAUUUCAAGAUAUUAUUCAAUCUUCAUUUGCUGAAUUAUCUAAGCAACCCGAAAAAUUGCUUAAAAAUCGAUUACAUAAAUUAAUUAAUCCAAAUAAUGAAGAACGUCAUUUGGGAAAAUUCAUCUGGGCACAUGAUUCCAUAUUUUCUAGUGCAAAUGUUCAAGAAAACAUGAUAUCAAGUUUUAAACAAAAGAUUGAAUGUCUCGUAUUAGCACAAACAUCCAUUGUCGGUGAAGCAAAAUUAACAUUUGACAAGAAUUUGAGAGAUAUUCGAGAUGACAUGGAAAUUGUCUUUGCAUUAAUUAAUAAUCGUACAGAUGAAUUAUUUUACGGCAAAAAGUUUAAUGGAAAAUUAUUUAAUGCUCAUAGUGACACUGAAGAUUUGUCUAGUUUUUUUCAAGAAACGUUAAUGAAUUCAGUUAUUUCUUAUCGUAAUCAGCUAAACGGACUAAUAGAAGAAAUUGACAUACUCGAAAAAACACAGGAAAAUAAAUCCAUUUUAGAAAAUAAUGCAAAACGUUUGCUUAUUGCCCGAAUUUCGCAAACAAUUGCUUAUGAAUCCUUGGAACUUCCUACACUUUUACAAACAACUACAGGACGUGAUAAGCCAAAUUAUUUUAGUUCUCGUCUGUCUUCAGCUCCAGAUCCACGGUUAGUAAAUUUGCGGCAAUUAUUAAUGGAAGUUUAUUUUUCAGCACAUAAACCUUGGAUGCAAUGGAUUACUAAUAAUGCUCAAGAUGCUGUGCUUAAAAUGUUAUAUAAUUCACCUUGGAAUGAAUCAAAUAUUCAGACUUUGAUUUGGGAAGAAAUAUCCAUGCAAGAUAAAGCAAAUUCUAGUGAUAAUGAAGGUGCAAAGAUAACUUUACCUUCACAAUCCUCAAAUGAACUUUUAAGGUGCUUAUAUGAUAUAUGUAAAGAAUUAAACAGAAUUGGUAGUCCAACUUUGCAUGAGGACAUUAUCAAGGAUUUUUUUGCAGAAUUAUCUCUGAAAAUAAUCGAAAAGUAUAAUUCUUUUACAUUAGAUGAGGAAAGUUUUACAAAAGUGUCUGAGAAAGGAGCUAUACAAUUAUUAUUUGACAUUAAAUUUCUAAGAAAAGUGUUUGAAGGGUGCUGGUCAUCGGACCAAGAUGAAGAAGAUGACAAUAAAGCAUAUCAAAAUAAAGAGGAAAUGUUUAAUCAAUCAUUAAGAGCUAUAAAACAAAAGAUUGACCCUAUUGAUUUGACUGUAUUUGAACCAUAUUUGAAUAAGAAUGUUGAAAGACAUUAUGCAAGAAGUUCUAUCAUGUUGGGUUUAUUGUUUCAACUAAAUCCGAAAAUUACCGAUAUGAGACGUAAAAGUAUUACAUUACAAGAUUACCAUAAUAUAAUAAUGCCAGUUGUACCACAAGCUGCUAGAUUUACUUUAUUACCAAUUAGUCAUAAAUCUAGUGGAGGAAAUUUCAAAAAUUCUUAAUGAUAGUGAUGAUCUAAGAAAUAAGUGGGUUAAUGGUUGCCAUGCUAAGAUGUAAAAAAAAUUAUUUUUUGAUAGUAAUAUUUAUCGGAUAAUUAAACUACAAUAUAAUAAUUAAUUAAAAAAACUACCAUUACCUCAACAUAUAGUGAAUAAAAUAUGUUAUGGCAUUGGUAUAUAAAAUUUAUUUGAAUAGAAUACACCACUAGACAUAAUCAUAAAAGCUGAUAUAUAAUAGAAAUUAAUAAAAUUAAUAGUUUUAUAUGUUACAGUAAUUACAGUAAUAAAGUUAUACUAGGAAACGG